UUGAAAAUGAAGAGUCUUUCAUUCCAGAUCUUACUUUGUGUAGCAUUUUCUUAUGCUUUACCAUUAGUUCCAGAAACAGAGAAGAAAAAUGAAGAAGACAUGCAAUUUGCUGAGAAAUAUCUGGAAAAGUACUAUAAACUUAAAACAGAGGCAGAACCUAUCUUUAAAAUGAAGAACAGCAAACCCAUAACUGACAAAAUCCAAGAAAUGCAGAAAUUCUUUGGGCUGAAAGUGACUGGGGAAUUGGAUUCCAGUACUCUGAAGGUGAUGAAGCAGCCCAGGUGUGGAAUACCCGAUGUCGGUCAGUUCAGCACCUUUCCACUGUCUCCUAGAUGGAUAAAAACAGAUCUGAAAUAUAGGAUUUUGAACUAUACACCAGACAUGGAACCAGCUGAUGUAGAUGAAGCAAUUGAGAAGGCUUGGAACGUCUGGAGCAGCGUGACCCCACUGAAAUUCACCAGAGUUUAUGAAGGCAACGCAGAUAUAAUGAUCUCCUUUGUGGCUGGAUUUCAUGGUGACUUCUUUUCCUUUGAUGGACCGGGUAAAACUCUCGCUCAUGCCUUUGCACCGGGCGAAGGUAUUGGUGGAGAUGCCCACUUUGAUGAGGAUGAAUACUGGACAAAAGAUUUGAAAGGAUUCAACUUGUUUCUUGUUGCUGCUCAUGAGUUUGGCCACUCAUUGGGUCUUGGUCAUUCAAAUGACUUUGGCUCCUUGAUGUAUCCAAAUUAUACGCCGAUGGAUACCAGAAACUACAGGCUCCCUCAGGACGAUGUUGAUGGCAUUCAAACCCUAUAUGGACCCCCAGCCUCUUCUGAGCCACCAGCUUCCACACCACCCCCAGAAACACCCACAGAAACAUCAACCACAGGCAUCUGUGACCGUCACAUGACUUUUGAUGCCAUCACCACCCUCCGUGGGGAAAUAAUAUUCUUUAAAGACAGGUACAUCUGGCGCAAGAGUCCUUAUUUCCCAGGUAUUGAGCAUGAUUUAAUUUCUUCCUUCUGGCCAACCCUACCUUCUGGCUUUGAAGCUGCUUAUGAAAUUGACAAAAAGGAUCAAGUGUUUCUUUUUAAAGGCAACCAAUACUGGGUUCUCAGUGGAUACUCUGUACAUCCAGGUUUUCCUAGGAACAUCCACACCCUGGGCUUUCCAAGAUACGUUAAGACAAUUGAUGCUGCUGUUUAUGAUGAGAAUACAAAAAAAACGUACUUCUUUGUAGGUGACAAGUAUUGGAGUUAUGAUGAAGUCACCGAAUCCAUGGAAAAGGGUUAUCCAAGACGCAUAUCGGUUGACUUUCCAAGAAUUGGCAAUAAGGUCGAUGCUGCUUUUCAGGAAAAAGGAAAUUUCUAUUUUUUCCAUGGCUCAAAGCAGUAUGAGAUAGACACCAAGUCCAAGAAAGUUAUUCGUGAAAUGCAGAGAAAUAGUUGGUUUGACUGCAAAUAAGAGCAGACACACAAGGCAAAAGAAACAGAACCCAAUUUUGUAUGCACUAGAGAUGGCUUUUCAUCAAUGUUUUGUUUCUAAUCAGUGUUAUUUAUCUUUUACUUUAUGUCUGAGUCACAUAAGAGCUGUGAUCCCUGAUAAAUAUUAUU